AAGUAUCAAUGACACAAAGGCAUGUCCCAAUAGCGCUAGGGUAUAGCAGAAAAUGCAUAGAAAUUUUUGGUACAAGUAAAUGGUAACGUAGGUCAGAUUCAACAAAAUAUAUACCUAUUCAUCAAUCGAAGGAUAUGUCAGAGUAAAUGAGCUGAGCAGUAUUUUUCUAAGAAAAUGUGAUAAUACUGUCUAAUAAGAAUCAUGUGGGCAAUUCAAUUUUCUUUUCAAUUCAAUUUUAUUUAGGUAUAUGAUCAAUAAUACAAAAUUAAGUAGAAAAUGGACUAAAACAUGGAAGUUUAUAAAAAAAGAAAGAAAAAAAGCAAUACAUUUGUGUACCAACAAGACAGUUUUAAUAGUCAAUUAAUUGCACAAAAGUCUUUUCGGAUGAUAUAAUUAUAGUGGUGAUCACGUAUACCUGGGAUAGCCCAAUAAAGUACAAGUACCAAAAAACAGGGCUGCCAGUGGGCGUGGUCCCUUUUCCCAGUAUGUUAAAGUGGAAAAUCUUUUAAGAGCUCCUAGUCAGAAACUGCUGGCUUGAUUUUAAAAUGAUUUCACACAAAUGAUCCUUGUGUUACCCUCCACUAAGAUUGUUCAAAUUAUUCUGAUUCCUAAAAAAAUAUGGCGGCCAGUGGGGAUGGUCACUUUUCCCUAUAAUUAUGUAUUUAGAAAUCUUCUUGUCAGAAACAACAGCCCCAAUUUUAAAAUAGUUUUCUGUAUAAAUUACUCAUAUUUUUGUAAGCUUCACCUUGAGAGUAUUAACAUUUUCAGUAUGUUUCUUAAACAACAGAAAAAUGAAUAAUAUACUGUGCAAAUUUCAGAUUGACAAGUGUUAAAAUUAACAAGGUCAAAAAGUAAUGGUCCUUCUCAGCAAGCUAUGGCUGAUGAAAAGGUACAGAAGAGGUACUUCAUAGCAAAGGUGAAUAACUUCCCUUCAUUAAGACGAGCAGUACAAACCAGUCAAUGGGCGUGUGCGUUCAGGACAACUCCACCCCAGCCACAAGAUAUUCUAACACAGGCAUAUACACAAGGAACAGUUAUAAUCAUAUUCAGUGUAAGCAAUUGUCAUGGUUGGCAUGGUUACGCAGAAAUGUUGAAUGUUCCUGGUGAAGCAUCAAAGAGAACUGAAGGUACUGCUGAAGCUUCGAGAAAAGCUCAAAGUUCCUGUAAUACUUCAAAGGAAAUUAUUAAUGCUGAUACUACUGCACAGAGAGCUGAAGAUGUAAAUAAUUAUAUUUCAGAACAUUCAGAAAGUAUUUCAGUCUCCCAGGAUAGUGAAAGCUCACAGAUUGAUGUUAAUACUGGAAGUGAAAGCAAAAUCAGUCACCCAAAAUUUGAAUAUAAAAACUUACCUGGAAAAUCUUCAGAGUUUCUUUAUUUUGAUAUUAAUUGGAAAUUGAAUUACCAAGACUUUGGAGAACAGUGCUUGAAUUCUAAAAUGACUGAAGAUUUGUACUGUAUAGAAAAUCUCACAGGAAACAAAAUCCAAGUGAAUAAAUGUAGAAACUGGCAGGAAGUGGAAUCAGAAGUAGGGGUGGUAAUGUGUGAGAAAAUGCAGGAAUUGUAUGACAAUUUAUGUAAGAAACGUGAUGAAAAAAAGCUGAAGGAGGUGGAAUGUCUAGCAGAACCAUUCUACAAAGAGACUAAGGUAUUGACUGUACAGGAGACAUGGAUGAAGAUUGUUACUCAGGUUGAGCAGGAACUCGGCAAAGUUUUACUGGCUUGUCCAUUUGGGAGUCAAAGGUAUAACCUUCACACACCUUCCAGCGACACUGAUAUGUUCAUUGUGUAUCAAGCAAGGACUAGUGAUAUUCUCAGCUUCCAUCCACCAAAACAGACUAUCAAGAAUCACGAGAGUGAGUCAUGUGAUUACACUAUACAUGAGGUGUACAGAUAUUGUGAGCUGCUACUGAGUGGUGAUGCUAGGUGUGUAGAGACUUUAUUCCUUCAUGAGUCAACAGUAGUACAGGCUUCACAAGAGUGGCACAUUCUCAAACAGGGCAGGAAGAUGCUCCUGAACAAGGAAUGUUUAGAGAAGUAUUUGAGAGAUGCUCAAGGCAGCAAGGGGACAAAGUUUCUACAGAAAUGGUUUAAAGACCACACACAAGAGGAAGUUUUACCUCCCAAGAUGUGCAAGAUGGUUUAUGUUAUUGUCAGAUUGCUUCAGAAUGCAAGAGAUAUUGCUAAUGGUGAGGACCUCAAAGUGUACAGGGAAAUCGGCUCAUCUGAAAGAGACACUCUGAUGACAAUACGAGCUGGAAAUGUGCCUGUACUUGAUGCUUGGAAAAUCAUCAAUGAGUUAGAGACCAGUAUAGUUUCCAAGUCUGAACAAGUUAAGCAGAGAAGUGAGGAUGCUGAAAGAUUUCUGGAAGAUUGGCUGUUAACAUUAAGAUACAAUAACUUUCAGAAACUGAACUAAAUAAAUUUAGUACCGUUUAAUGACUGUGAGAGAUAAUGAUUUCUUAAAACUAACUUUAGUUUCCUGGGAAACUGAUAAAUGAUGCUUAGAUGCGACAUUUUUGAAAUAUCUACCUCAGUUCCAGAGAGCAUGGUACAUGCAGAUGAUAUGACCAAACACCUGCAGAUGUUCCUGGGGAACUAGUAAAUGACAUUAAGGUAGUUCUGCACUUUUGAUACACUGGAAGUGAUGGCGUAAUGUCAUUUGUCCGGAAAACGUAGAAUAAAGUCUGGGUUCGGCGUACGGAAAUGAAAAUCGUUUUAUGAAUUAAUAGAAACCUGUGGAUAAAUUCAUUACAAUGGCACUGUUGCUAAUUUCUCAAGUCAAAAUAUGAUAUUAAAACAUAUGACACACUAAACAAUUCAAAAUAAUGUCUUAAAUUAGCGUGAAAUGUCCAGGUGAAAUAUCUCAAAAAUAAGCACAUGGACCUAUACAUUUUAUUUCACCAAAUUAUAGGCCAUGUAUUUAUUUAUAACUGUGAGAAGUUUCAUCAAAAUCUACAUUGUAGAAAAAAUUCUAUUCGCGAAAAUGUUAUGAAAGUUAUGAUUUUCCCAUAGACUCCCCAUUAUGAAAUAUUGCGCGAGGUUCAAAUUUUUCAAAUCAGUCUAGCAAAAAAUCAAGCAGACGGUCCUACCUCUUUUAUAUGCUGAAUUUUCUAGGUAUAUUUUGAAGUUUUGAAAAAUCAGAGUUUAAUCAAAUUCUACAUUGUAGAAAAAAAUUCGACCCAAACGUGCAGAACUACCUUAAAGAGUGAUAGAGAUUUGUUUCAAAAAUCAUUUUCUUCAAGAUUUUGUUAUCUAUAUCUAUGUGAUUACAUUACUGGAGAACAGGACUGGUGAAAGGCAUUAACCAUUAGCCUGCUAAAUUUUUAAAAUGGACUAGUCCAUGAUUCAGUUUGGAUGUGCAGGCUGAUCUUGGUCUGCACUGUUUGCAAAGGCAGAAUCGCUUGCCGCCAGCAGACUAAAGGUUAAGACAAUAUAUAAUUAUCUGUCGUACAAGCCAGUGUACUCACUGAACAUAGAAGAUUUUUUUAUCAAAGACUAAUAUAAUUCUGUAGGAAAAAUUGACAUUGCAAAUCACAAGUGACAAGUCUAACAUGUAUGCAAGAAUAUAUUUUUCUCAGAAUUAAUAUAUUGUUCUUGAUAGCAUACCACACAGGAUUUUCCUGUUUUCAUCAGUGCUGGAAAAAACUGUCUUACACCCUGGGGUGAAAGAUAACUUAUGUGCUGUAAAUGACAUCAUUGAUUUGUUCUUGGCAACCAAAAUUUAAUAUCUCCAUAAUCGGCCAGAUAGCUUAAUAUCUAUCAAUUAAAGUUCUUCUGUUAAAUGUUUGGCUAAACUGAAAUAAGAUUAAAGGACAUGUUCUGAAUUUCAUCACUAAACUGGUGUUUUAAUAUGUAACACACAUGUUAACUAUGCAAAAGCAUGAAAAAUUUGUUUAAAAUUUUAUUCAUUAUUAUCACACCAUUAACAAAACACAUGAUGAAAAUAAUGAAUUGCAUGUAAAAAGUAAGAAAGCUGUAAAAUACUGAUGUUAACAAUACAUUGUCUUUAUACAUGUUUCUGUAUAUCUAUACAAAAUACUUAUUUAGUAAUACUUUUGAAUAUGCUUCAACAGGAUGACUGGUUGUUCAGUUCUCAUCCUGGUUGCCUGGUUCCUAGAUUAUAAAACUUAAGUUUGGAGACCAGUCUGAAAAUCUUCCUACCAGUUAAUUCAAAACUGAGCUUGGAAUCAUCCAGAUGCUGAUGUGUUGACCCAGAUCACAGAAAAACAAAGAGCUUUUUGUUUGCAGACAAUUCUGUUAGGCUGCUUUUUCUAUGAUAUAUUAAAAUAGUAGGAAAGAAAUUUAAUUUACUUGUCUGUUAAUAUUUGAUCAGUAUUCCUGGAGAACAGGUGAUGCAUGUCUCCGUAUGACUGCCACUUCAAAUAUUUGAUUUUUAUACACUAUAUAUAGUGAAACACUAUGUUACAGCAUCUAUAUAGCCCAAGUGGAACACCUUGAAAAAUAGAAGUAUUAAACUAUCAAAAUUAAACUUAAAAUUAAAAUUGAUCCUGUGAUACUAAGUUACAAUGUAAGAGUUUAUGAUAUCUAAAAUAAAUUGCAUAAAAGUAAAAAAGGGAAACUUAUCACAGUGACAAAAAAUAAAAUGCCACUCAGUUUUUUGGUGUAAAAUUCUGCAUAAGAAUGUGUAUACUAGUAUUCAGGUUUUACAACUGUUUAAAAUAUUCGAACUGUAUGUUCUCUUAUGGUAAUACAUUAUGUUGUUUAAAAGCUGAAUCAUAACGAAGAGUAUCAAUGUACUUUGUCAUGAAAACAACAACAUAUAAAAUCCUUACAAUGUAUAGCAAAGGACCAUAAUGAACUUAUACAAAAAUGAGUCCGGAACAGAAGAUUUAUAUAAAACCAGCUUUGGUGAAGUCUAGCUGAAGUAUAGUGUACAAAUUUAUCAUUGCCUACUUACUGUGAAAUAUGAAUAAAAAAAAUCAGCAAGAAUUUCAAAGUUUUGCAGGAGCCUCAUGAAACAUCUGCUAAACAAUAAUUUCAUAACAGAUAUACAUAUAAUAAACAAAGUAAAACUAA